ACGGGGAAAACAAAUCAACUUCAACUCCUCUCCUAGCAACCAUUUUCCACACACAUUCCUCCCUCUCUACAAACAUAUAUAACAAAACACUGAGAAUCAAUUGUAUGAUUGUAUCGAUUGCUUGGAUCGAACAAAUGUUGCCCAAUACAUUUAAGGUCUAGCAGCUUUAGGCCGCCAACUUGGUGCAAUGGGUUUGAAGGAUGAACCUAGAGUGGAUGUUAAUAGUGCCAUUGCCGCAGAUUUGAUGGGCAUGUACCAGAGCAUGGGAGAGGCUUUAGCCCACCGGUAUGGUGGUUCGGUAGCUCAUAAUUAAUACCGUAUGUUCCCCAGAAAAUUGUGUGAUUAUUCAUUUCUAUACCACUUAAAUUGAUAACUUAUAUUCUAUGUCCUGAAUAUUACUAUCUCAUCAAACAAAAUGAUUUAAGAUGUACAACAUGUCAUAUUCUCUUUUGGAUAAUUAAAAGAUUAUUCUUUAUAUACCUUGGCAUGUAUUUUAUUGAUUAGCUAUGCUUUAUAGAGUAGGUGUUUACUAAGAGACAGGAAAAGUGGAAAGCAAUGCCACACUCUAGGGAAUUCAUAAAAUGAUGGAUGCUAUAAAUUUGUAAUCGACUGCGUUGUUACAUCCUCUCACAACUUCAUUAUUAUCUAUAUCUGUUGCACUCACGUCUUAAAAUGAAUGAAUUCUUUAGUAUGGUUUAUUGGGUUGCAUUAAUUAGAUUUAUGGGCUACUUUAAAUCAUAAGAAGGCAAACCUGCUCUUUGGGAGCUCGAUUGUGAUUACUACCUUCAUGUUACUGGGAUUGGAGAGAAUAUCAUCCCAAAGAAGAGAUAGAUUUUAGUGAUCAUGUUAGUUCUUGGCUUUUGUAUUUUGUCUAUACCUUCAAAUAUCUAGGUCAGGAACCUAGACAAUACUUCUGUUAAAUUGGUAGCCCCUUUUAAAUCGAUAGGAGAUAAUUUGGCCCUAUAGGCUAUAGCCCAGGACAAUAAUGUGCGCUUCUUAGUUUACAGUUGAAUGCAAAUAUCAGAUAGAAUUUCUCCAAUAUAGGGUUUGGAUUUGUAGUUGUAACAAUACAAAGUCAUAUAGUAUCAUACAAAUUACUAACAGUUAUAAUUUUUGAACAACUUCAUUGAUUUUACCUGUUACCUUAAAUUUGAUUUUAGGUCUCAUUCAGAUGCUAGACCUGUUUCUCCACUUUCCCCUGUUCCUGCUUGAAAAGAAUGUGAUGUUUUGGACAAUUUAUUACAACAAACAUGCAGGCAAAUAAAGAAUGUGAUGCUUAGGACAGAACUAGCUCAAAGAACCGGAGUUCCAGAAAUGCCACCUAAUGUGGUCAGUCGUCCAUGCAAGGCCGCCAAGAUUAUUGCUGUCUUGGAGGACGAGGACUGGUACUGCAACUACUGCCCAAGAUGCUCACGAGAAGUACACUGUCAGCAGAGAAUAUUGUUGCAACAACUGUGCAAAGCAGCUUCAGGCCAACUGUCCGUGUGAAAGAUGAUUCAGCACGCCCUACUUUGACUCUAUUCAACAAGGAGGCAAAGGACCUCAUCGGUGUACAAGUGGAUAGAAUACUGAGGACCUCAUCGGUGUACCAGUGGAUAGAAUACGUACUGACUGAGCUUUCGGAGGACGCAAAUCUACUCAAUACGCUGCCCAUUUUCAAGAACAUUGUUGGGAAGGAGUGUGCUUCUGAUAUUAAAAUCAAUGCAUACAACAUCGACCGCGGUUAUGAGGAAUAUACUGCAUUCCGCCUCUCAGAGUGUGCUGCAGCUAGCCAUGACCCAGAUGAAGGGAAGAUGGGUGGGAAGGCCGCUAAAAAACAGAAGACUGACUGCCUGACCAGUGCCACAAUGCACAGAGCUUACAUAUUGGAUAAAUAAAUAAAAUGGACUCAGUAUUUUAGUGAUUUCACCUGAUUUUCAAGACUAUGCACUAUUUCAACUUUUAUUUCUAUUUUGCAAGAAUCUAAACUAAGACAAGUACUUGGUUUUUACAUAUUUAUGCAUGGAAAAAAUUAGAAACAGUAUAUGUGGUUGAAAUUUCAGUGCUUAUAUCAAGAAAUAUCUCGAUGGUC